AUGGUUCUGGGUCUGGAUAAACGAAUUCUAUGGGCGGGUCUGCCUCUCUUGGGCUUUGCCAUUGGCCAUUUUCUUGACAAGAAGGAGACGGAACGUAUGACAUUGUUCCGGGAUAAGAGCGCUUUGUUUGGCCGUCCGGAAGGCAGCGAGAAACAGGAGCCCUCCUGGUGAUAAAGAUAACUAAACAAAAUGUUUUCUUUUUCUUCUCCCAAAUAAACUGUAGAAUUAUGGUCAAGUGAA